UGCGACACCCUGAUUGGCCACGGAGGAUCGGGAAGUCAUGAGCUGACCGUUGACAGCUCUCCGGCCAGCGGCUGUUUAUUGCGCUCCAGUCCUGAGUGGUCCUCCGAGACGUCGUGGAUAAAAGCCCGGCGGUCAGAGAUGGACGGCGUACCGGAGGCGCGAAUGGAGACUGCUCCUUUCUGCUGCCCCACCUGUGACGGAGGAGAGGCCCCGGGCCGCGGCCUGGUCCGGCGCAACAAGAAGACCCGCAGCCUGAGCACCUCCUCCGCCAGCUGCUACUCCGAUUUCAGGAGGACUCAGUCUCUACAUGGACCAAGCCCCGUUACCACCUUUGGCCCAAAGGCCUGCAUGCUCCAGAACCCACAUGCAGUCAUGCACAUUCAAGACCCCGCCAGCCAGAGACUGACGUGGAACAAGCCACCAAAAAGUGUCCUUGUCAUAAAGAAAAUCCGAGAUGCCUCUCUGCUCCAGCCCUUCAAGGAGCUCUGCGUUUUCCUCACAGAGGUGAAAAACAUGGUGGUUUAUGUGGAGAAGAAGGUCCUGGACGACCCGGCUAUUUCGGACGACGAAAACUUUGGGCCCAUCACAAAGAAAUUCUGCACUUUCAGAGAAGACCUGGACGACCUGUCCAAUCGGGUGGACUUCAUCAUCUGUCUGGGCGGAGACGGGACGCUGCUGUACGCCUCCUCCCUGUUCCAGGAGAGCGUUCCACCAGUUAUGGCCUUCCACCUGGGCUCCCUGGGCUUCCUGACACCCUUCAAAUUCGACUCCUACCAGUCUCAGCUCACCCAAAUCAUCGAAGGUAAUGCCGCCAUCAUCCUCAGGAGUCGCUUGAAAGUGCAGGUGUUCAAAGAGAACUGGGAGAAGAAGGACGGCUUGGAUGAAAUGGGCAUCAUCCAGACCACCGAAAGCGCCCGCAAAGCCAUGCAGUUCCAGGUGCUGAACGAGGUGGUGGUGGACAGAGGAUCCUCCCCCUACCUUUCCAACGUGGACCUGUACCUGGACGGGCACCUCAUCACCACAGUGCAGGGGGACGGUUUGAUAGUGUCCACCCCAACGGGCAGCACGGCCUACGCAGUGGCAGCCGGAGCCUCCAUGAUCCAUCCCAACGUGCCGGCCAUCAUGAUCACGCCCAUCUGCCCACACUCCCUGUCCUUCAGACCCAUCGUGGUGCCUGCCGGGGUGGAGCUGAAGAUAAUGCUGUCCCGUGAUGCCAGAAACAUGGCCUGGGUGUCAUUCGAUGGAAGAAAGCGACAAGAGAUCUGCCACGGAGACAGUAUCACCAUCACCACUUCCUGCUUCCCCGUUCCAUCCAUCUGCUUCCGCGACCCGGUCAACGACUGGUUCGAGAGCCUGGCCCAGUGUUUACAUUGGAACGUGCGGAAGAGGCAGAACCACUUCGGCUCGGAAGACGAGGAGUUCUGAAGCUCAGGGUUUCCCUAAAGAAUCCCAGUUUGCACCCGGCCGUCCCGUCUCCGUCUGUUUGACCUCUCACAGCCAGGUUUUUACCAAACUCCAGUCGAAGCUGUCUGCCCACGCUGCCUUUCACAUCCAGUGAAGCGAUUGUAUUUCUCUUCCAUGUUGUAGUGGAAUGUUAACGGGGAAGAAGAGGCCCCUCUGACCCCAGAAUAGCCGAUAGAAGUUAUUUAAAAAGAUGGUAAUUAAAAUGUAAAGAAAAUUUGUAUCAACAUUUAAAAAAAUUCUCUCCAUUUUAUAAGAGAACAAAGCGUUCAUGAGGAACCUGAAAGAUAUCAGAUAGUGGAUUUGGAUGGCGUUGGGCCUCUGGUUUCAGAAAACUGCCCCCCCCCCCCGUCUGAGUGAUCUCCAGCUGAAAGGCUCAGAGCUGCAGAGCUGGGUGUGUCCCAGCGAUACCAAAACCAGCCUCCAGUUUUCCGCCAGGGGCCCACACGUCCAGCCCGUGCCUUAGAAACACUUUUAUCCAGAGCUGCCCUUUGGGAGCUUCUGUCCCUCCAGGCCCUCCUGUGCACAGAUCUGGGUCUGCGUCUCCUCUCCGCUGAGCUCUGAUCGAGAAACAUCGCAUAUGUGUGUUCCCCAGCGGAGAGGAAGUUUCUCAUUCCACACACAGAGACACCUCGUCCUCAGAAAACGUUUAAGGUCCGCUUUUAAAGACGUCCUUUAAGCCAUAGCCAAACUUUUUAAAAGGUAUUUUAUAGACCAACGUCUGUGGGCCGCCGGCCACGUCACGGCCUGUGUGUGAAUGUUGAGGCGUGGUCACACACUUUCCCCAUUUCCUGCUCCGCUGUGCGGCCUGGAGGCUUAAAGGUCACCCCCCUCACAGCUGGACCCAGGUUCCAGAUGUUACCGUGUGUGAACGUCUCGGGUAGAAGCAGGACCAGCGGCGUCCCCGCCGGAGCCCCGAAAAGCAAUCAUUCCUCUGCGCUGUGUAAAUGUUGUGAGCUGUAUUUUGAAAAGUGCACAUGUUUAUUAACUGAUUUUACUGCAUUAUUAAUGGAAAUAAAUCUAUUUGGUAUUUUUUAUAAAUGGAUACGUUCGUCAGUUGUUUAGUCCUAGUUUUUACAGCCUAAUAUUGGAUUUUGGAGGCUCGUUGAAAGCGAGCUAAAGCCCAGAAGAAAUGCAUUCCAAGACAAAACCAUGAAGUCUUUUGUUUCAAGGAAACUUCCUGGUACGUUACCAUAACAUAUUGUAAACUAACGACAGUAAAAACUCUGACUUCUGCUGAAUGAAGCUUAACUGCUCUCUCAAAGUGCUUUUCACCUUAAUCCUGAAAGCCUGUUACUCUUUUGUAUGAGUUUAUCAACGUGUCUAACUGGCUGUUACUGGAAUAAAGUGAAGGUUGAAGCAG